AUGAACCCGUUCCUUUCGCAGCACCCUUCAGACCCGCCGGCCCUUGGCAACGCAAACGGCACGUUCUCCCACCUUGCCCCAGGUGCACCACAACAUCAGUUUUACGUAGUUCAGCAACAACCGCAACCCCAGGUACAGAUGUCUCCAGCUCCACGCAUUGGGCACGCGUAUAUGCACAUACCGGCAAUGCAAGUUCAACCACGGAGAGUUCAGAAUAUGCCGCAUCAGCGUGCCGCAGCCCAGCAAGCGCAGAUGGUGUCGCAUCCUAUACAGAAUGCAGCCCCAAUGCCCAUGCCGAACACUGGAAGGCCAUUGAUUAUUGAUCGCUAUGGUCGCCAUUGGACGCUGGAACAGUAUAAUGAUUUCCUCCGGUGCAAGCAAAUGCAGGCAUCAAUGAGGCCAGAGAUUCGACAGCAAAUGCAGGAGAUAUCACCACCCAUGACCAUGAACCCACAGGCGUCCGUGGUUAGCAAUAGAUCAGGUCUUCAGUUGGCACAUCAGGAAUUCGCUGCAUUACCUGCGCGCCAACUAACCACGAGACAAACAUCGGCAUCUACGAAUGUUGGUCCGCGAAAGCAGCUUCAGUCACCGGCUGCAGUAUUGCAACCACAACAAUCUUUCAUCACCGACCAGCAUGGGCGCCAGUGGACGCGAGAGCAGUUGAAUGAGAUAUCUCGGCACCGAGAGGCGCAAAAGAGGCUCGCAACACCCAGCAAGUCUUCUGAUGCGACUCUCACUCCCGCUUCAGUAAAGCCUUCCACUCAGCCUUUGGCACACAAGCAAUCUGUGAAGAAGCCGCAAAAGCCACAGAAGCAGUCUCGUCAACAGCCAGCAGCACCACAGCGCAUUCCCAAAACUCAACCUCCUCCACAGCCAACAGCACCGCAAAGUGUUCCCAAACUCCAACCUCCUCCAUUAGAGCCGCAUCCAACAACCCAUACAGCGAUCGAGGGACGAGACCCCAAAUACGAAACACACCGCCUUCACUUGUCCGCCCUCCGAUCCGGCAUUACAAUGAGCGACAUCGAAAAGGGAACCCGCAUCCGCGACGCCAUGUCCAACUAUGUCAGCGCGCAUACCACUACCAGCAGCGAAACAACGCUCCAAAUCACCGCACCAUCUUCCACAAAGCCCCUCUACACAGCGCACAACAGCAACAACACCAUGGACUCUGCACACGCAGCUGCGCUGGGCCUCCCUCUAAACUUCAACAUGCGUCCUGUACUAGACAAAGUCCGGCACAAGCGGUACGAUGGCUACCCGACGUUUUCCGGGACCAACGGCCCGUGUGUGGAUGAGGCGGCUGUCAAGCACAUUUGCACCGUGGAUCCGGAUGGCUCGCUCAGAGCACCAGAGGACACGACGCUGAGUGAGACGCGAGCGAGGCUGCUUUGGGAACUCAUGAAUUGCACCGCUGCUGCUUCGGGUUCUGCUUCUGAUUCUGCGGGGGAGAAGUAG